AUGCAGUCCACUGAUCGUGACAGUACUCCUGCACACUCGUCCCGUGGAGCGUCCUUCCAUUCUCAGAUCCAUGUGCCGCUGAAUGAGGCCAAGUCAACAAGCUCGCGUCAUGGUGAUGACGCUGCUGGUUCAGAGCCAGAAUAUCCCACUUCCUGGAAGCUUGCCCUGAUUCUCAUCGGACUUUCCAUCUCUCUAUUCUGUAUUGCUUUGAACAAUACGAUCCUGGCCACGGCCAUCCCCAAGAUCACCGAUCAGUUCCACUCCCUGGACGACGUGGGUUGGUACGGCAGUGCCUACCUCCUCACGACAUGUGCGCUCACCUUGAUCUUCGGCAAGCUGUACACAUUCUACUCGACGAAAUGGGUGUAUCUGAUUGCACUGGCCAUCUUCGAGGUCGGGUCGUUGAUCUGCGCGUUAGCCCCGAAUUCAGUGGCUUUGAUCAUCGGCCGGGCCGUUGCUGGGGUCGGAUCAGCCGGUCUCUUCUCCGGGGCCAUGCUGAUUGUUGCCCAAACAGCACCGCUGGAACGCAGACCGGUCUACGCUGGCACGCUGGCCGGGAUGUAUGGCGUGGCCAGUGUGGCCGGGCCGCUCAUGGGGUGCGCCUUCACCGAUCACCUCAGCUGGCGGUGGUGCUUCUACAUCAAUCUGCCCAUCGGUGGGCUGACCAUCCUGUUUAUCCUUAUGUUCUUCAAGGCACCUAGGUCGGUCAAGAGCACGUACGGAUUCAGGGAUCAAGUGUCUCAGCUGGAUCUCCCAGGCACGGCCUUCUUUCUCCCGGGUGUCAUAUGCAUGCUCCUGGCGUUGCAGUGGGGCGGUACAACCUACGCCUGGAACAAUGGCCGCAUCAUCGCGUUGUUCCUUCUGUCUGGGUUACUCAUUCUGUGCUUCAUCGGGACGCAGAUCUGGGGCAAGGACAAGGCCACUAUCCCACCGAGACUGAUCAAGAAUCGGAACGUCUGGGGCGGGGCAUUUUUCACCUUCUGUAUGGGCGGCUCGUUUUUCACCUUCGUCUACUAUCUGCCGAUCUGGUUCCAGGCAAUCAAGGGCGUAUCAGCGACCAAGUCAGGCAUCAUGAACCUGCCCAUGUUGCUGGGUGUCGUCGUGUUGGCCAUGAUCGCCGGAGUCCUGAUCUCGGUCUUUGGGUACUACACGCCAUUCCUGCUGGCAUCGCCGGUGUUCGUGGCCGUCGGCGGGGGCCUCCUCAGCACGCUGGAGCCCGACUCGAAGGCGGCCCACUGGAUCGGCUACCAGAUCAUCAUCGGGAUUGGGGCGGGCAUCGGCCUGCAGCAACCGAUGCUGGUGUGUCAGGCCGCGCUCGGCCCGGCCGACGUGCCCAGCGCCACGGCCAUCGUCGUGUUCACGCAGACACUCGGCGGCGCGAUCUUCGUGUCGGUCGCCCAGAACGUGUUCCAGAACAAGCUGCGCGAGAACCUGGGGCAUAUCGCGGGGCUGGACGUGCGCCAGGUGAUGGGAGCCGGGGCGACCAUGCUACGCCACGUCGUGCCGGAGAGUACGCUGCCCCAGGCGUUGGAGGCGUACAACUCGGCCAUCAUGCAGACGUUUUAUGUGGCCGUGGCGAUGGGAGCGCUGGCGCUGGUGGGCGCGUUGCCUAUUGAAUGGUUGUCCGUCAAGGGACGAAGGCUUGAGCGGACGGCCGCUUGA